GUAUCUCGUAUUCUCGUCUGUAAAAGGUGAAAAAUUUUCUUGUUCUACGUUUUAUUAUUUUAAUUAUUUAUAAGUACUUGCUUUUUUUUCAUCUCUGUAGCCCAGAAUAAGAAUACUUACUAAAAUUAUAUGAAGCCGACAUAUUCUGUCAGCUGUCAAAAUAAUGGCUGAUAUUUGUGUGAUACAUUCAUAUACAUACACCACAAUAAAAAGCCUUAAUUAAUACAGGUAUUGCAGCUGAGAUAGUCGAAGAUAAAUAACGACCCAUGACUCCAAAGGACGAGCUGCUCAUCAAAAAAUUCAAUUGUGACAUGCAACUCUCUUGCACCACAUCAACCAUCACUGUAUCUGCUGUGAGGCAUCUCCUGGACAAAGGAACAGACGUCAACCUCAAGGACAAACAUGGAAACAGUUUGUUGAACCUGGCAGUAAAAAAUGACGUGACAGGCGUGGUCGAGCUCCUCCUGAGCAGGGGAGCCCGGCCAGACGACAAGACUGAAAGUGGACGUACAGCGCUGCACAUAGCCGUGGAAUGGGGCAGGGAGGAAAACAUUGUCCUACUCCUGAGGCACGGGGCAAAUGUGAACUCUAAGGAUAAAGAUGGCAGAACGCCCUUGCACCUGGUAGUGGGCAAAGACGUGUACUUUUACGGUAAAAAAAUAGUCGAGAGAUUCGAGAAGAUAACGAGGCUGCUGCUGAGAAAAGGAGCCAGAAUCGACGAGCGCGACCACGACGAGCAAACGGCUCUCUUCGUCGCUGUUAUUGCCAAAAAGGAGCGCACGAUCAAGAUCCUCCUGGACAACGGCGCAAAUAUUAACGCCAAGGACUCGUCCAAAAUGAGCCCGCUGCACUUUGCCAUCAUAUCGAACAACUACGACAUUGUUAGACUGCUGUUGAACAGGCGGGCAGACGUCCUAGCCAAGGACAAAGCUGGCAGUAGUCCGUUGCAUUUUGCAGUGGAGCGUAACAAUCUGAGUAUAGCCAAGCUUCUGUUGGAGCGAGGAGCCCUCGUAGACGACGUGAGGAAGGAUGGUUACACCGCAUUGCACACUGCUGUUGAGCACGGCAAGGAGGACAGUAUUACUCUGCUGAUUGCUAACAAUGCCAAUGUUGACGCGAGAGAGGAGAGUGGAAAGACACCCCUGCAUCUGGUUGCGCAGAAGUGCUUGCAAGGCAGCACAAAGGAGGUAGUGCAAAAGUACAAAAGGAUAGCCAAGCUGCUCCUGUCCCAGGGUGUCUCUGUUAACAGCAUUACAGAUACUGGACAGAGCGUACUGCACACUGCAGUCGUAGCCAGGAACAAAGUCAUGGUUAAGUUGCUUUUGGAGCAGGGAGCUCUUGUGAAUUGUAAAAACAACUACGGGGAAAGUCCUCUGUAUUGCGCUGUGAAAUCGAAGAACGACAAAAUCGUCAAGUUUCUUUUGAAAAAAGGAGCCAGUGUGAACGAGCAAAGAAACGACGGUAGAUCUGUCUUGCACGCAGCUGUCGAAAUAGAAGACAUGAACAUGAUCCACUUGUUGCUGGAGCACGAGGCUGACAUCAACGUCAAAGAUGAUAAUAACAAGAGCCCUUUGGCCCACGCCGUUUUAACGAUUGAUGAAACAUGGAUACCCGAAUUCCUCACUAUGUACUUGGCUAAACAAUACUCGAGGAACAUCUGUGCCGAGAACAUAAGGCUGCUGGAGAAAAACGAGAAGCUCAGCAGAUUUUAUGCCAACUGUCUCAAGGAGAUCGACAAAAUGAAGGACUGCAGGAUUUGUUACAAAACGACUUUCUAUCAAGUACUGACUGGGUGCGAAAGAGAGCUGGGAAGAUAUGCCAGGAGCCAGAACGCUAUGAAGCUCUUCAAGUCCAAGGACUACAGGAUGGAGUUUCCGAUUUACUGUACUCUUUUGCAGGAGAGGUUUUACAAAGGCUUGAAGCGCAGGCAGCUACUGGAAAUCGUUGAGGAGUCUCUCGGUUUCUUGUGGAAGCAUUUUAAUCUGUCGGAUCUCUUGAUCCAACAAGUUCUGUACUUCCUGAGCUCCCAAGAUCUUCAGAUCAUGGCUAGUCUCUGUCAAAAUCAUUCGAAUGAUUAACAAAGACCAUGUGUACCUGCAUUAUUUUACAACUUUAAUUAUUAAUCUUAACUUUGUAAAUUUUGUU